CAUCAGCCAUGGAUUAUCAUUCCAACGUUGAUUCUUCACGCCCUUUUCGCUCCGUCAAAGAAGCCGUAGCCAUCUUCGGUGAACGAUUUUUGGCUAAAGAAAUCUAUUCUCCAAAGCCUUUCACAUUUCCAACUCAAGAAAGUCCAUGGAAUACAAACAAUUAUUCUCCUACAAGUGCUAAUUCUCAAGAAAUUGUUUUAAGUGCCACGUCAUGGAAAUCUGCUUCUUCACCAAGUCCUCAAGAUUUGAAUGAUCCUAUUGUUGUGGAAGCACUGAAGAAGCUAGAAACUGAGCUCGAAGAAACAAAGGCAGAAUUGAAGCUUAUGAAAGCAAGAGAAUCUGAAACUGAAAUCGCAUUAGCUUCUUUAAACGCAGAGCUUCAUAAGAACAUGUCCAAAUUGGCUCAAGCUGAAGCAACUCACGCAGGUGCAAUGGCAGCAGCAAAAUCAGUGAAAGUCAACAACGAAGAUUAUGGGAAUAAGAAAAAGGAAAUGAUGAGAUCAGUGAAAUGGGAAUCAUCAUCACCAACAUUAGCAGAGAUGUUAACGAUUGGAGAAACAGAUCUAGGUUUGCUUGGGAAGAAAAAGGAAAAAAAGAAGACAAUGAAGAAGAAGCCCAUCAUUCCACUUAUUGCAGAGUUGUUUUCAAGGAAAAAAAGAAGUUCUACUAGUGUUGAUAAUCCACUUUUUGCUUCUUCUCAUCUUUUCUGAAAUGA